AUGGCGCGGCGGUGCCCGUGCAUGCUGCUGUUAGCCGUGGCGGCGGCCGCGGCCGUGCUCAUGGCCGCGGCAGGGCAGGCGCAGGAGACGUGCUCGGGGCCCGUGCCGUCGCCGCCGCGGCGCGGGGCGCGGGUGUCCGUGGCCAGCUUCGGCGGCGCGGGCGACGGGCGGACGCUCAACACGGCGGCGUUCGCGCGCGCCGUCGCCAGCAUCGAGCGCCGCGCCGCGCCGGGCGGGGCGGAGCUCUACGUGCCGCCCGGGGUGUGGCUUACGGGGCCCUUCAACCUCACCUCGCGCAUGACGCUCUUCCUCGCGCGCGGCGCCGUCAUCCGCGCCACGCAGGACGCAUCAAGCUGGCCUCUGAUCGAACCGCUGCCCUCAUACGGGAGAGGACGAGAGCUGCCCGGCGGGAGAUACAUAAGUUUAAUCCAUGGCAGUGGACUUCAGGAUGUUGUCAUCACAGGUGAGAAUGGAACUGUUGAUGGUCAAGGCAGCGCAUGGUGGGAUAUGUGGAAGAAGGGCACACUGCCCUACACAAGGCCUCACCUUCUUGAGCUAAUGAGCUCUUCUGAUAUCAUCGUCUCCAAUGUUGUGUUUCAGGAUUCGCCAUUCUGGAACAUUCAUCCUGUUUAUUGCAGCAAUGUUGUGAUCAGAAAUGUGACUAUCCUAGCUCCACAUGACUCCCCCAACACGGAUGGAAUCGAUCCAGAUUCCAGCAGCAACAUCUGCAUUGAGGAUUGCUAUAUUUCGACCGGUGACGAUGCCAUUGCCAUCAAGAGUGGCUGGGAUGAGUAUGGAAUCGCCUAUGGCCGCCCCAGCUCUGACAUCACCGUCCGGCGGAUCACAGGCUCCUCCCCUUUUGCCGGCUUCGCGGUUGGAAGCGAGACAUCGGGUGGUGUGGAGAACGUCCUUGCAGAGCACCUGAACUUCUUCACUUCAGGGUUCGGGAUCCACAUCAAGACCAACACCGGCAGGGGAGGCUUCAUCCGGAACGUCACUGUCUCCGAUGUGACUCUGGAUAACGUCCGGUACGGCCUGCGGAUCGUCGGCGAUGUUGGCAACCACCCUGACGACCGCUACAACCGGAGCGCGCUCCCAAUCGUUGACGCCCUGACGAUAAAGAAUGUCCAUGGCCAGAACAUCAGGGAGGCUGGGCUGAUCAAGGGCAUCGCCAACUCGGCCUUCUCCCGGAUCUGCCUGUCGAACGUCAAGCUCACUGGUGGUGCCCCUGUCCGGCCGUGGAAGUGCGAGGCUGUCAGCGGUGGCGCUCUCGGCGUGCAGCCGUCCCCGUGCACAGAACUGACUUCCACGUCCGGGAUGAGCUUCUGUACAAAUUCACUCUGA